UGAAGAAAGAUUUUCUUCCAAGCUUCAUAAAAGCACCAUUAAAAAAAAAGUGAGAUAACAUCAAAGUCGCUAAAGUCGCUAAAGUCAGAUGAGCUUGAGAAAAUUCGAUACAUUGAUUCGGGUGAUGUUGUGUUUCGUUGUUCCCCCUGGCAACAAGUUCCGUGGCAACUGGCAACUCUCUUUUUCGCAACUUUCGAGACAAGAUGGCACGAGUACAAGUCUUUAAAGGAUAUAGGGGUGUCGGGUGUACGCAGUUUCUCAGCCGAGCAAGUCCAAAAGACGAGAUCUGGACGCAAAUGAUAUUUAAGCUGAACGUGUUAUGUACAAAUUGAAAAUUCGCACUUUCCACAUUCGGACGUAUCAAAGUGACGACAGCGAGAUAUGUCGUUAACCAUGCGCUUAACAAAACUGUCAUUAGACUAGACGCUUGGACGAGAUGGCAGGCAGAGCUUUUCGCGUUAAAGUACAUCUAGAUGUACACGCGGUAACGUGUCCUGGCGUUUGGUUAUGCCCCAAUGGCAAAGUGACUCUGCGAAUCAACGCUCUUGACUCUCGUGCGGAAUCCCACGGAACAAGUCCGAUUUUCCCGCUCUUGUUUCACGACAAAUUUACCUUUGAUAAAAUCUUUGCUCGCAUAAUCUCCCUGACGGAGCUGCAAAGCACUUUGGAGCAAGAAUUUUUAUACGCGGAAUUAAUACAGUGGGCAACCCCAACUAGCCGAGGCAUCACUUUGGCGACAUUUCAAACCAACUUGGCAGAUUUACUCUAUCCCGCGCCAUGUUUCAAAGGAUUAUUAGCAGGGGUGGAUAUAGACCUUUUAAUGGAACCAACUAAAUGCUUUCCCGGUAUCAUAGCACCCAAAAUCGAAAUUUCCACCAAAACGGUUGUGGAGGAAAUUUUAAAUAUCUACGAUAUGAAUAUGAGCAAAUGUUAUGUCAUCAAUCCAAAAAUGAUUAACUCUAAGCAACCAACGUGUGGACAAAGGAGAAAGCCGAUUAAAGGUAUUAUAAGGCAACGAAGAGUGUGCCACGCUAAGAAUAAACCGAGAUCUCAAAGCUGUCGACCCUACCGUCAGAGAUCGAACGAUUCUCAUCAAUGUCCCUCGUAUACCACAAGUACACAGACUGGAUCGCAAAUCGAUCAAUGUUAUCAUUCGAUAAGGAGAAAUUCCUUAUGCGCUUGUCGACCAAGUUUGUCGACAAAGUUAGCCGAACCCACCGUGAUACGGUAUAGCAAUGAUAAUAUCCAUGUUACUGAUAAUUGUCCAGUUUGUUUCAAGUAUAACUGUUAUUUUCCCAAAUGCCACGACGAUAUUGAUAUAGUCAAAAAAUAUGUUGACACUAAGCAAAGAUAUUGCAGAAAUUUGUCUGAUUGUCUCAAUAGAGAAUGUGAUUGUAUUUGUAAAAACGACGCAUUCGACACGCGAGAAGAAGCGACAAUGCCAUUAUUGCAAUCAAAAAUGAAAAAGAUUCAGAAAACUAAAGAAAAGUGCUAUGCUACUGGAAUGACGGACAAUGUUGUGGAGUGUGAUCCGAGAUGCGAACACAUUCGAGAUCUCUCUCCGGGUCAUGGAUUUUACAAGAAUCUAGAAAAAUUUUACAAAAGAAUGUAUAAACAAGCGAAAAUGCGUGCGCAAGAAAUCGAUGGCUGAUGUGAAAAAUCUUAUAUAUUAUUGUCAUCAUUCAGAUCCUUCUAACACGAUUUUUAUAUCUUUGUAUUUGUGAAAUUUUCAAGUAGAUUACUAAAUAUUUUCUACAUAUCCGUGAUAUUAAAGAAAAUAAUCUUAUUUAAUAAAAAAAACCAAAGAUUUUUAAUUGUUAUUAAGUAUUAACCGACAUGUAAAUUGUAUACAAAUAUUAAGAGAACUUGUUCACUUGUUAUCACAUGCUUUGAAAAGUUAUCGUGUAUUGUAGUUGAUACAAACGUGUAGUGUGUAUAUUGUCUCUCUUUUGUCAAAUUAUGUUACGAAAUAAAAAUGAAAUGAAAUUAUAUAUCGUGUGUGUGUGUGUGUGUGUACACACACACACUGGGAAAUAUAUGUAUAAUAUGAGAGAAUGCAUUGAAAUAUGUACAAUAUAUGUAUAUAAAAAGUUUACUGUUUAUAUGCUUGGCGUCCGCUUUUGUACGUCGGUACCUCAGCGAUUCGAUUGCCACGUAGAACGACAGAUUUCUUCAAAAGCGCUGGUAUUCUCAAGUAUAAACCGCGACCUUGUGGACUCCAAGCUCUCAAUAAAACACGGUCAGCUUCUUUGGCAGUGAUCGCGAUCCAUCCUGUAAUAAUUAUAUGGUAAUUAUAAGGUUACGAGAUUGAAAAGCGACUUACGUGCAAACGUAAUUUCUUUGCUGUAAAGAAAAAUUACCCGCACUGGAUAAAACAAUGUCGCCGAUGGAUUCAUUCUUUCCGACACCAGUAACUUCCAUCUCCUUUGAUUCCAAAGCCGGCCAAUGUUUCAAUCGGUCCGGAUUGUUUUCAGGUACGACAAACGCUUCCGUUUCGAGUAACUCGUUGUAUACACUAUCCGCAUCUUCGGUACGAGUUAAUGUUACCGGCAAUUCACUACUUGAAAAUAUUGUACACCUAAAUAAAAAUAAUUUUCGUGCAAAUCACUUUAA